AGACUCAAAAACUCGAGUGACCUUCGAUAUCAGAUGCAUUAUUGUUAAUCCUUCGUUUUCAUGGAUUUGGAAGUACAUCAGUUCCUCUCCAACUAAAAUUACCUAUGGAGUCCAGCCACCGUAACGAAUCCGGCUCCGGUUAUUGGCAGCUGCAGCUCGACCGCGACCUGGUCGACACGAUCUCCUCCAUCUACCCGGAGUGGUUCGAGGCGGACGGCAUGGCCGACGGUGGUGGGGGAGGGGAGGGGCGGUCGCCGCCGCCCCCCCUGCUGCUGCCGCCCGCCGCUGGGGGCGCGAGGGAGUCGCCGCCCAAGGCCGUCGUCGAUUCGUCGCCCAUCGUCAUCGACCAGAAUAAGCAAUCCCUCAAGGUGAAGCUGCUGCUGCGCCGGCCCUUCGACCAGCUGGUCGCCCAAGGGAUCAUGCCGCCCCACAAAACCCCCGCCGCCUUCCACGGCCAACGUCGCCAAUUGGAGCGCGCCAAAACCGGCGACAUGCUGAAGGCGAAAAUCCAACAGCGCCCUCCGCGACAGGAACUCGAGCGCAGGCAUAUCCUCGAAGUGGACCCGAGCCACGUGGACCCCAGCCUCGCCGAGCGCCAGCGCAUGCUCAAAAAGGCCAAACUGGCCGACCACCUCAACGACCAACUCUCCCACCGACCUGGCCCCCUGGAACUCAUCCAGAAGAACAUCCUCCACACCGAAGAGCCCAUCGAGGAGGCCGUGAAAACCGGCCGGAUACCGUACAAGGCCACCUGCGAGGGGCAGCUGCACAGGCCGCAACUGCCCUCGAACUACAUCAACCCCGAAGAGGACUCGCAAAGCUCGGAGGGGGACAGCCGCGUGAGCCCCGGUCCGUGCGAUGUUCUAGAAACCGCCGCCAAAUCCGCGGGGAUCGUAGUCUCCUUAAUCCAGCCCUCCGAAGGAGGGACCGUAGUGUUAAGUAAAGACAGCGAAAUCGUGUUCGCGGACCUGUGUCGGUCGGUCGCCGCGCCCCUACUUCCCCAAGUGUCCAUUCCCGUGUCCAUAGUGUCUUCCACCUCGUCCUUGAGCCCUCUGUCGUCCGUCGCUAGCCCCGCACCCUCUGUGGUAUCUCCAGCACCCCCGCCCUUACUAGCCAGAGCCGUCCCUUCACCCAUCAAGACCGAAUCUUCAAGUAAAGACAAGAACCGCAAAAAGUCCAAAUGCAAAUCGCUGCCGAAAGCGCGCACCAUCAAGUUCCACGAGUACAAAGGUCCACCGAGCGCACACAAGAACCCCAACCCCGCUGCCAACCCAGAAGAGAGCUCCUACGACCUGCUGCUCAAGCAACAAACGCUCCUUCUGCAAUUCCAGCUGCAGCUGCAGCACAAGUACCCGCAGAUCAUCUUGCCCGCCUCGCAGAAAGUCAGCUCCGGCGAUAACAGCAACGCGAGCAGCACCAACACCAGCCAUUCGAACAUGCAGCAGUUGUCCCCAGCACCUUCGACCUCUUCUGAGUCUUCUGUUCCAGCAGCGAGGAUAACGGCGCGGCUGGAAGACAUGAAAGUGAGCGACCUCAAGGCCGAGCUGAAGCGCAGAAGCUUGCCUGUGUCUGGAUCGAAACCGCAGCUGAUCGAGAGGCUGAGGCCUUUCAGCGACCAAAACCCCAGCUCUAUAGACUCCUCGGUGCACAGCACCAAUUCCCCUCUCUACCAAGACAUAGACUCCCCUCCGGAAGCCCCUUGCGACGAGCGGAUGGACCUAGACCCCGUUAGCCCCGCUCCCCAAAUGGAUCCCUACCAACAAGCCCUGCAAAAAUCCAACGAAGAGAUCGUUAGAGAACAGCAAAGGCAAAUCGAGGAACUGCAACGAGAACUCACCUUGUCGCAGCUGAAACUGCAGGCUGCCACAAGAGCAGAGCCCAAAGCCGAGAUGCUGGCGCUGCAAAAGCACCUGCAGGCCAGGCAGCAACAACAGCAGCAGCAGCGCCAGCAGGAGAACUUCGCGCUGCAGAUGAAGCAGCUGCAGGGGCUGCAGGCGAGGCAGGCGCAGAUCAACGAGGAGCAGCAGCGGAUACAGCAGCAGCAGCAGAUCGCGUUCCACAACCAGAAGAACGUCGCCGGGGGCUUGAUACUCAACGGGGCCGAGGCGGCUAUGGUUUUCAAUCAGCUGAUGCAGCAGGGCAAGGCGAAGAGCUUUCCGGUGAUCAAGACGGAGUUUUUGGAGGAGCAGAAAGUUGCGCCGCAGAUCAAGAUCGAGUUCAGCGAGGAGAGCAAGCCGCCGCCUCCGCAGUACAACGAGGCUACGAAGCAGAUGAACAAGAAGAACCACAUCAAGAGCCAGAUCAUCGACGAUGUUUUGGAGAUUCUGAUCAAGAACGGGGAGCUGCCGGCCAGCGCGGCCAAUGAUCCUUUGACUCCCAAUUCGGCCGGGACCAAGUCGAACGAGCCCGUUUAUCCCGGCGACAUUCACAACAACAAUAACAACGUGAUGGUGGAUCCGAGCAGCCCCGAGGCCGCGCUCGGCAUCGAUCCGACCGAUCUGCUCGAGAGCCUGGACAAUCUGGAAAACAUGGAUUUCUCCCAGCUGGUGAUGGAGCUGGGCGGCAGCGGUGGUUGCCCAGCUGCCCCCUCCAACGGAAACGCGGGCGACGACAUGGCGAUGGACACGGACGAGUGGCUGGAAUCACUCUUGCCCUGCGAUAGCUUCUACGAGUCCGAAACGGGGGGCGGGCAAAUGGGACGGGAGAGUGACCCGUCGGCGGGGUGCGAUCCUUUGCUCGGCAUCGCGCAUGAUCCGUUCGACCCGUUCUCUCUCGACGAAUUCCGGGCGGUCAGUGAUCUGGGCGGCUCGUUGUCCUGGGACAAGAUCGACUAUGCCGCGUGACGGGCGGCCUAUUAGUGGCGGAGCUCGAUGCCGAUUUCGACCGACAUCUGAUGGUGAAAUGUUACAAGUUUCAAAGGCAUGUGAAAAUAUUGUGUUUUAUCGAACUGCACCUGUACCAAUCGCUAACCUGAGCAAACUGAAUGAAAAUUGGAUCUUAAUUUAGCGAUUUGAUAACGAAAUUAGAAUAAUGCCAUCCGAUACCAAUUGAAUGGUAGAUCUCAAAAACCUAUACCUGUGCAAUAGGCAGAAAAUGAAAACAACUCUGAGUCAAAUCCACGGCACAACGAUAUACACUUCUCCAAGAAAUUAAUGCACCACCAAAAAUUAGCCAAAAGUUCAAGAAACAUUUUUGUCAAAACUACUUGUUCAAUUUGGACGAUUUCUGUUCUAAAUGGCUUAUUUUCAUCUGAAUAUUGGUGUGCAAACUUUAUUCGCAUAGAAGUCUCUUUUUUAUACAUACCG